CGUCCUUGUGCGUCAUUUCCGUUGUCAGGUGGUGCUGUCGCUGUGGAAAGAUGCGAUCAGCGAGAAGCGGAGGCUUUUCCUUAAUUGCUCAUUUCAGUAAUAGAGGCUAAACAACGCGAAACUCAAACCUCCGAGGCUUCUCCCGUCCCAGAGAGAAGCUCCGCGCACGCAGCACAGCGCUCGCCUGAGAAAUGUUGAUAUUUUAAGGGGACAACGCAGAUCUUAGCCGGCGGUUUUGGCUUUGAGAGCUCCAGCAUGUCCAAACGGCGCUCGUCAGAGAGGGGGGCUGGAGAGACAUCGGGCCGGGCCAGCAAGCUGCAGUGUCCUGGGAUCUCUGGCAGUAACGCCAAGAGAGCCGGCCCCUUCAUCCUCGGACCUCGUCUGGGCAACUCACCAGUACCGAGCAUAGUCCAGUGUUUGGCCAGGAAAGAUGGCACCGAUGACUUCUACCAGCUCAAAAUCCUGACGCUGGAGGAGCGAGUGGACUCUGCCGGGGAGACCCAGGAGGAGAGGCAGGGGAAGAUGCUGUUGCAUACAGAGUACUCUCUCCUUUCCCUGCUGCACAACCAGGAUGGAGUGGUCCACCAUCACGGCCUCUUCCAGGAUCGCGCCUACGAAAUAGUGGAGGACAUGGAGGCCAACAAAGUCCGUAAGAUGAAGAAGCGGAUCUGCCUCGUGCUGGACUGCCUUUGCGCUCACGACUUCAGCGACAAGACCGCAGAUCUAAUAAACCUCCAGCAUUACGUUAUAAAGGAGAAGCGACUGAGCGAGCGCGAAGCUAUCGUCAUUUUCUACGAUGUUGUUCGUGUGGUGGAGGCCCUUCAUAAGAAAAACAUUGUGCACAGAGACCUCAAGCUGGGAAACAUGGUGCUGAACAAACGGACGCACCGCAUCACCAUCACUAACUUCUGCCUGGGAAAGCACCUGGUGAGCGAGGAUGACCUGCUGAAAGACCAGAGAGGCAGCCCAGCAUACAUUAGCCCCGAUGUUUUAAGUGGUCGCCCGUACCGCGGUAAGCCCAGCGACAUGUGGGCCCUCGGUGUCGUCCUGUUCACCAUGCUGUAUGGCCAGUUCCCUUUCUAUGACAGCAUACCUCAAGAACUCUUCCGCAAAAUCAAGGCUGCAGAGUACUCUAUUCCAGAAGACGGUCGUGUGUCUGAGAACACGGUGUGCCUCAUUCGAAAGCUGCUGGUGCUGGACCCUCAGCAGAGGCUGGCUGCAGGAGAAGUGCUGGAGUCACUCAGUGCCAUUAUUGCUUCAUGGCAGUCUGUUUCAUCGAUGAGUGGCCCCCUACAGGUGGUUCCGGAUAUUGACGAUCAGGUCAAUAACCAAGAACAUCUGCAGGAGGCCAAGGCGAUCGAAGAGUCUUCACAGUAUGAAUUUGAGAACUACAUGCGCCAGCAGCUGCUGCUGGCUGAAGAGAAGAACACUAUUCACGAAGCCAAGAGCUUUCUCACCAAGCGGCAAUUUGGCAACAUCCCGCCUGUCAGGCGUCUGGGUCACGACGCCCAACCCGUCAGUCCAUUCGACGCCACUGCCCUGGCCCAACGAUUUCUCCGGAAAUAACCCUCAAGCGCCCUCUCCAGCCUCCCUGGAAACUAAACGCACCCACGGAGACCAGAGAGGACCUGGGCGAAAAAGCACCCAAAACUGAACUGGCACACAGGAGGGACCUGUCUGAGCUGGCAAAGCGGACAGACGCACGUUUGGGUUUUAGUAAGCUAAGUGGAGCCGACGCAACGCCAGGUACCCCGAAAAGAUUCCCACCUCAGAGCUUCACCUCCCCAGUCUGGAUCCUCUCUGAAACACGGAAAAGCCUGGACAAAACUCCCGACUCAAAGGUUCUUUGCCUACUCGUGGCCCACAGUCACUGUGCAACAAACCCGUCAGCGUGGUCCGUCACAGUGCUGAUGAGGUUCUGCCUGCAGUGUUGAAGAAACUAUUAACCCCAUGCUUCUCUUCCUCGCGCCUCUAAAACUUCCCCAUCCAUUCUGGCUUCCCUGAGCAAUACAGGUCCAGAAUCAUGUAGCAGCCGCCCUCUCCCCCACAGUGGUUAGUCCGAUCACCUAAUCACAGAUGUCAUUCACAUAUACCUCCAUGCCACCUUCCCCCGUCUCUCGCUCUUGUCUUUGUUUCCUGUGUCGUCCUAUCCGUACCGCCGACUUCAAAUCAAUCUACCUCUCUGUCUCUGUCUGUCUGUUUCCAAGCCGCGCUCACAGCUCCGAGACGAGGGGAUCGCAAACAACCGAGUCUCGACCCACCAGUGACAUAAAGCAUUAACGUUUUUCAGUUGGAGUGAAACUGCUUUGAAACCGUUUAGGCGGGUUCUAAAAAUCUGAAUAAGCUUUGUAUGAUUUAGCUGAAUAAGUAGCAUUUUUAUCUCAGUAGUUUCAUUGAAGAAAGAUUUGAAAUAUCAAAGCUCACGUUGAAAAUCUGCGCUCUGCGUUGUCUCUCCUGCUUCUCGCUCAUCCCUGUGGAGAUCUCUUUUUAGCACCUCGGCAGCUAUCGUGAGGUACCUGGGAGUCCACAUGCCAAGAACUAAAUGAGGCCAAGUUAUACUGACGAUGGUUACUCUUCCUUAGUGCCGCUACGACGACGCUCGGGCACGGUCACGUUUCCAUUGCCAAAACAAAUCCUGUCUUAAAUUUCUUCUUAGCCAA